AUGUACAUAAAAUCAGUGAAAGCUACCCGCCUAAAAAUGACGGACAUAGAGUCUGAUAGAAUUAGUUGCUUGCCGGAUCAACUUAUAGACAAGAUUCUCUCAUAUUUGUCAAUUAAGGAGGCAGGGAGAACUAGCGUUUUAUCCCGCAAAUGGGGGAAGAAAUGGUCCACACAACCAGAUCUUGUGUUCGAUAAACGAAUUGUAUCUACUUUGGCUCUGGAAGACCUUUCAAUUAUACGGCGCAAGCUUUUGAGGAUGAUUGAUCAUGUACUUUUACUUCACUCUGGCCCAAUCAACAAGUUCAAGCUCUCCAACUCCGGUUAUAAUAUCAUGGGUGUGAACUCUCUGGUUGAUAUUCAUCGCUGGAUUCUUCAUCUAACCGGAAGGUCUAUUAAAGAGAUUGUGCUUAAAAUUUCGAUGGUGCAGCGCUAUAAGAUACCUUCGUGCUUGUUCUCUUGUCAAAGUUUAUGUCGUUUAAAAUUAUAUUAUUGUUUCUUAUAA